AUGGGCAAAUCGCAAAAGAAACGAUCUAUGCGUCGCCAUAACCCGAUGCGAGUCCCAGACUCGCAUCUACCAAAAGGUCUCGGGGGUGCAUCCUCGUCCAAGCAAGAGCAGGUUCUACCAAUCAUGCAGAAGAUGGAAAGUCCAGACCCGUUAGAGCGCAAAUGGGCUUGCGUAGCGGUAUCCAAUCUUAUUCAAAACGACCCAUCUACGCGACGAUUGCUUCAAGGAAAGAAUGUGGUCGGCGCGUUGAUAACUCGCUUGUCUGACAGUGAAGAGGAAGUUGUGAUUGAAGCUGUGGGAGCACUGCGGAAUCUGUGCAUCGAUGGCGGAUAUGACAUUUGCGGCGAGAUGUACAACAAAAACAUCAUGGCGCCAUUGAAGACAUUCCCUGCCAAGAUAUCAAAUAUUCUAUCUCAAUACCUUGAAUCACCCAAAUCAGCCUCGGAGAGCGUGCAGAAAGCACUCUACGAGUGGGCUGAUAACGUUAUCACCAUCCUCUGGUGUCUAUCAGAGACGUCCAACAAGGCUUUGAAUGCCAUCAAUCAGAUUUCUCUCGUUCCCUUCUUGAUGUCCUUCCUGGCCUCGCGGGACAGAUUACCAUCCGCGCCAGUCACAUCUGCAGCUCAAUGCCUUUACGUGUUAACCGAGGAUAAUCCGCCGGCGGUCAAGGAAGUCAGAUCCAACACAGCUUACAUCUCCUGUCUUUUCGAGAUCGCCCGCUCCGAGCCCAAGGGCAAGGAAGACAGUCAAAUAUCGCAGGAAAGAGCCGUAACGCAGCGUUUGCUCGCGUGUGGGAUCCUCCGUAACGUCUCUCCUCUUCCAGCUUCAUCGUCGGCUCCUGCCGACUUUGACAGAGAAACCGUGAUCCCAUUGCUGCUUCCUGUGAUUAGCUCUGUCUCAUUGUUCGAGUACUCCAAUGCGGUUGGCGAGCUGCUACAAAAGAUGGACUCCGAACCCCAGAUCGAAAAGUUGUCGCUGAAAAAUACUCCAAAGUCUGAUUUUAAAUCAGCGGAGGAAUUGGAGCUGGAGCGUAUUGAGACGAAGCUUAGGUCGAUCCAGCUGGCGCUUGAAAUACUGACAGGCGCUUGCGCGACGUUACCGGACUCUGAACUACUUCCCGACGAGGAAGGCGACGAUGAAGAUGAAGCGAUGGACGGGGAAGACGACAAUGUCGAUGGUGCACUCAUGGAUGACGACGCGCCAAAUGGAAGUCGUCCGACACCAGCAAAUACGUCGUUUCUAUCCAGCCUUGUAGAACCUCUUCUGUCCUUAAUACAACCGACACCGCUGUCUUUCCCACCACAUUCGGGUCCUUCCCCACACCCACCCACGACGUCGGCUCUCAGUGCAAUACACGUUUGUGCACUUGAAUGUCUAAAUAACAUCUUCCUAUCGCUAUCCACUUCUUCAAACCCGGCUGUCGCGGCUGAUACUGAGAGUGGACGAAAAGUAUGGAGCAGCGUCUCGAAUGCCCUGCAGGCUGUCGGGACAAGCUUCGGCCCGGGUCAAGAGCGGAGAAAGGACGUCUGGGAAAUUGGAGUAGGUGUUCUAUGGGGCAUUGGGAACAUUUGGAAGGGUAACCUGGUACCUCAAGAGGAGGAAGUCAGAGUUUUGAUGCAAUUAUGUGACGCCACCGCAUCAGACACAGUGAGAGUCCGCUGCGUAGGUGCCUUGGAGUGUCUCGCCCAACAUCCGCCUUCUAUCGAGCUUAAUCGGACGAUCUCUCAAUAUCUUCUAUCCACGUUGCCCACAGCAGCUGGUCCAUCUCCGGUGGGCGUGGAACCGAUGAUACAGGCUGCUUCCGCUCUAAUCGACAUAUAUUCCGACGAGAAUAUGCCGUAUGAUGUCAAUUUCCGGCAAGGGGGUUAUGUGGAUAGACUGGCCGAGAGCUUGAAUGGCUUCAAACAAGCUGUGAGAACCAUCGAUAAGCGCAAGGAGGGUGGAAAGGAAUUGCGAAGUCGGGGCGAGGAAGUCCGGGAGAACCUGCAAGCCUUCGUUCAGUACAGGCGAGAUCUCGGAUUUUAGGUAGUCUUAGGGUUUGGAUGUUAGUGACGCUGGUGACGUUGCACUCUUGCAUCGUCGUGCUACUCAUCAGGAGUGGGCUUACUCCUUUGGCCACCUUUUCUGAGAAGGCGGACCAACCUAUGAUCUUGAACUUCGAGUCGACGGGCAAGCGGGAUCUUAC